UCUCCAGUGCUGUUGGACGGGCACAUUUCAGUGUUGCACAGGAAGCUGCACGGACGUGACUUUAGUUGGCGCAUGUUCAUGUUCCGGCCUCUUUUCCUUUUACCACCGGACGAAAAUGACCAAGGGAACAUCAUCUUUUGGUAAACGCCGGAACAAGACGCACACUUUGUGCCGUCGUUGUGGGGCCAAAGCCUAUCACCUGCAGAAGUCCAGGUGUGGAAAGUGUGGCUACCCAGAGAAGCGCAAGAGAAAGUACAACUGGAGUGCAAAGGCCAAGAGGAGGAACACUACUGGAACUGGCCGACUGAGACAUCUGAAGGUUGUCUACCGCAGAUUCAGAAAUGGCUUCCGGGAAGGUACGACCCCCAAACCUAAACGUGCUGCAGUGGCCGCCUCCAGCUCCUCCUAAAACACAAACAUUUGGUUGAAUAAAUUUGAAAAACAGUUUUCA